AUGAACGGUGUCAUUAGCGGAGAUCGUAAGGAAUUAUUCGACUCAGCAGUAUCCUUCCUAAAGGAUGAAUCCAUUAAGGAUGCUCCACUUUUAAAAAAAAUCGAGUUCUUGAAAUCCAAAGGGUUAACGGAAAAAGAGAUCGAAAUAGCCAUGAAAGGGCCCAAGACGGAAGAAAUAGUGGAUGAUGAAGUGUCGAAGAAAAAUAGAAAUUCUGAGAAUAAAGCAAACCCGCAGGAUAUGUACAUGUAUGAAGCGAUGCCACCCGCGCUGCCCCACAGAGAUUGGAAAGACUACUUUGUGAUGGCUACAGCCACUGCUGGGCUGUUGUAUGGUGCAUAUCAAGUAACUAGAAGAUAUGUAAUACCGAAUAUCCUACCAGAAGCAAGAAGCAAGUUGGAGGAGGACAAGGAAGAAAUUAACGAUCAGUUCUCCAAAAUCGAUAAGGUCCUCGAUGCAAUCGAAGCAGAACAAGCUGAAUUUAGAAAACAGGAAAGCGAGACAUUAAAUGAACUCAGUACCACGAUUUCUGAUCUGCAACAAGUGCUGGAACAAACAACAAGAAGCAGGGAUAAAAUAGAAGACGAGUUUAGGCUGGUUAAGCUUGAGGUAACCAAUUUACAAAACACAAUUGACAAAUUUGUUUCAGACAACAACAGCAUACAAGAGUUGAAAAGUAUUCAAAAGGAAAUGGACUCUUUAAAGAGUUUAAUGAAUAGUCGUAUGGACGCCACUAACGUGCAGGAUAACAAAUUAUUUUCCGUGUCUCCUAAUGGCAUUCCUGGUAUAGACACGAUUCCCUCUGCGUCCGAGAUCCUUGCCAAAAUGGGCAUGCAAGAAGAAAGCGACAAGGAGAUGGAGGACAACAGUAAUACCAAUAAAGAGGCCACUGCUAUUCCAGCUUGGAAAAAAGCAAGAGAACAAACUGCUGAUAGCGAUGCUUCCAUCCCAGAGUGGCAAAGGAACACUACUGCAAAUGAAACCAGUGUUCCUGAUUGGCAAAAUGCACAACUCGGAGACUACACGUCAUAG